GAGAAACCAAAUGUUUUCCCCUUCACGGAGGCCCAACUGCAGAGGUCUGCAGGAGCCCGAAGGAGGAACAGUCCUCAGAACGGUGAGUGACUGCACACCAUGACCCAACAGGAGGUUGGAGCCAACUUUGCACCUGGCCUUGGAGCCCCCGCCAACAUCCAUGUCAACCAACCCAUGGCUCCCGGAAGCCAGGGGCAGCCCCUGGGGGUGGCCGUCCACGCAACGCCGGCAGUGGCCCAACAGAACCAGAUGCUGCUGGUGCCGAGUGCGAUGCAGAACCCACAAGUGAUGUUUCAGCAGCCAGCCGCCAUGCCCCAUUUGCAGAUCCCAGCCGGGGUGGGCCAGUGCCUGCCGGGUCCUCCCAACUUCCAGACGCUAUCUGGGCCCCCCCCACAUCCUCAGGAGUACAACUCCAGCCAGUUCCAGUGGAACAUACCAUUCCCAUCACUUUCUUCCUUCGAUCCCAAAAAAUUUUUGAAAAAGGAGAACAGGACCUUGGGGGCCAUCCAAAUCCUCAUCGGCUUGACACACGUCAUCUGUGCAUUCAACCCCUGGCUCUAUCGACAUCCUGUCUCUGUGACUGGGGUGUCAGGAUACCCGAUCUGGGGAGGAAUAUGCUACAUUAUCUCUGGAACCCUCUCAGUGUGGGCUGAAAAGGACCCCAGCCCCUGUAUGGUCAAUGGCAGCAUCAGGUCCAACGUGGUCAGUGCCAUCUUCUCUCUGACAGGAAUCUGCAUUCUCAUUUUAGAUAUCUGCAUAUCCUGGGUGAGCAUUCAGACUGACUUCACGAAGGCUAUUUCAGGGUGUCUCCUCCCCUUUGCCAUCCUGGAGUUCUGCCUCACGUGUGUGGUCUCUCAUUUUGGGUGCCAGGCUGUCUGCUGGAAUCACUUUUGGAACUUCACGGCGACUCCAGCCCCAUUCCAUGCCAAUCCAGCCACCAUGGCCACCGGACCCAUCAACACCACCAUCGGCAUGGCUGAUGUCAAUCCUGGCCCAGCUGGUGUCGCCACUGGCCCCAUCUGUGUCACCACUGCCACCCAGGCUUGCCUGCCCACCACCCCUGCCAACCUGGAUCACCCCAGCAACACUUCACUGAGUGGCCACCCAGAGCCCACCUAUGAAGAUGUAGGUGGGAAGUAG